AGCUGCCACACACACACUUUCCACCACAAUCUCUGAAGAUGGGAGAAGAAAGAAUCGAAACGCAGAGGGAUUUCCCAAUUUUCAGAGACAUAAGGCGUUAUACUUGCGAGUACUGUGGUAUUGUUCGUUCGAAAAAGACUAUUAUCAGUGCUCACAUCCAAUCUCAUCACCAGGACGAAAUCAAGGAGAAAGAAGGUGAUGGAGAAGUGGAGAAAAAAGGGAAGAAGAUGAUAGUUUGCGAGGAAUGUGGGGCUUCUUUUCGGAAGCCUGCUUACCUGAGGCAGCAUAUGCAAAGCCAUUCACUUGAGAGGCCUUUCACUUGUUCAGUAGAUGACUGCAACUCUAGUUAUCGUAGGAAAGAUCACUUGACGCGCCAUCUUCUUCAGCACCAGGGUAAACUUUUCGUGUGCCCUGUCGAAAAUUGCAAUAGCAAAUUUUCAAUUCAAGGUAACAUGUCUAGACAUGUGAAAGAAAUACACGAUGACUCGGGCUCUAUCUCUGAUGACGUAAAAGAUCCGAAGCAAUAUCCUUGUUUGGAACCUGGCUGUGGAAAAGUUUUCAAAUAUCCAUCAAAAUUACGAAAGCAUGAAGAUUCACAUGUUCGAUUGGAAACCAUCGAGGCAUUUUGUGCAGAACCAGGCUGUAUGAAGUAUUUUACUAACGAACAGUGUUUAAAAGCUCACCUCCAGUCUUGCCAUCAGCACAUUAACUGUGAGAUUUGUGGGAGCAAGCAACUGAGGAAGAAUAUAAAGCGUCACCUUAGGACACAUGAAGAAGUGGUUUCCGAUCAGAGGAUCAAAUGCAGUUUUGAUGGAUGCGAUCUAACAUUUUCAACUGGUUCAAAUCUCCGACAGCACGUAAAAUCUGCCCACUUUCAACAAAAGCCAUUUGUGUGCAGCAUUCCCGGGUGUGAAAUGAGGUUCUCUUUCAAGCAUGUGAGAGAUAAACACGAGAAAUCUGGGCUCCAUGUUUACACACUGGGAGAUUUCGUCGAAGCUGAUGAGCAAUUUCAAUCGAGGCCAAGGGGUGGUAGAAAACGAAAAUUGCCAGCCAUGAUAGAAAGCCUUAUGAGAAAGAGAGUUCUUCCACCUACCGAAUCUGAGAACGUACAACAAGGCCACGACUAUGUUUCCAGGUUAUUCUCGCCAGGUGAUGAAGAUUAAGUGUGUCGUGUAUCGAACACGAAAUAUAAUCCCACGAUGUAUAGUCUUUUGAUGGUAUGCUGUUUGUGGGUUUUUUGUUCCCAUAUAACAAGUAUUGUAAUUAUUUCUAUAUGGUAAAUUUGUUAAUUUUAGUGCGCUCUUUAAGGAAAUAAUCAUGUUAAAUUGCAUAGAAAGAGAGUUGGGUUAUGG